AGGUGAAACUGUAGAUGGGGAUAUUGGAUAACUUUCUGAAAUUGGGAUUUCCAAUUGCGAGUGUGGUACGUGACGAGGGAAACCACUCAAACUUACUUUAUCAAUACCACGAGGAUUUGCAUUUUUCAAGGGGUUGGUUAAUGUCAAUGUGACAAUUUUGACUGUUCGGAUUUUUAAUUUACAAGAAUGAGCGAAUUGCUCUUAAAAUACAGAAUUAUUUUUCUUUUAUUGUUUCACGAGGGAAAAAUUGGAACUGUUUAAAAUGUCCCUUUUUGUCUGAGUUAUUGAAUUAAUCACUUGACCCGUUGAAACUGAUAGAGGACUGAGAGAAAUUUAGUUAGGAUUUAAUGAAAAUAGAAAAAUCUUGCCAAACCGCUCUUUUAAUCAGAAAAAAAAUCAACCAAUUAACAAAGAGCAGCGGUACCUUAAAAUUGGCCCCAUCGAAAUCCCAUAGACUAAACUGUUGAUUAGUCAUUAACAAAAAAAAAAAACUUGUUCAUAACCUGAAUUUCCCGCAAUUUUAAAUAUACUCAGUGCCGCCAAUAUUUUCAGCGGCAAGAUGGCCCCACCUACUAAUUCAGUCCCGGUCGAUAACUCCUCAAUUCGCCUCAAAACGGCAACAAAACGCCUGUUGAAUCUCCUUUCGAACCUCAGAAAAAACUCGGGAAAUAUUUUUCCCUUUGAAAAAUCAUGGGAAAAACUUUCUAGUCUCCCCUUUACAAAAUAAAUAAGUCUCUGAGGAAUUUCAUAAAGCCCAGUGCCCCCUCCACUGUUCCUCGUGUCAAAAGUAAAAUGACAACAAAUCAACAGUUGUUUACUCCGAUCGACGCUCGUCUCUCGUAAACAGUAAAAUAUGGAUAAAUUUUAGUGAUAAAUGAAAGUGUUGAUGAAUGAAUAAAUAGCAGAGAAUACUUAAUAAAUUGCGAUAGGGUUACGUUGUGGCUGCUUAACGGCCUGUCGCUCACAUAGGUACGUGACCAACGUUUGUGUGAUACAUAACCGCCAAGUACUCCGGAAUAAACAAUCUCCCCAGUCAGUGAUACUCAACGAAAAAUAUAAUGCCGUUGUUGUUAAUCUAACUAGAAUAAUAAUAUCAAACUAUCACGAUGGAAGAUAUUUGGUGAGUGACGACAAACUCGCUGGAAGUUCCCUGACGCCCAGUGUCAGCCAUAACCUAAAAUUAUUAUUCGUUGACAUAAACUGACGAUACUCGAGGGAUUUGACGUAAUUAAUGGUUUGUGUGAUUGAAUAAUUGGACCAAUGGCUCGGGCUAUGAUCUACAAGGGUUCCUCCCACCUUCUACAUGAUAGCCCACGGAAUGAUGAGGUAGACUCUCUGUUGCUAUCGAUAAAAGCGGAGCCAAGCAGUCCUCUGAUGGAGACAGUUCUAGAUUUUCCGGACUCCACAAGCGCUUCAGAUCCACCAAAUCUCCAGCAGGACUUUCUGUCAUCAUCAACACUACCAAACUACGAGUCCUCGGCAAGUUCAAGCCAAAAUUCUUGUAAAUCUAAAAAAUCGCGAUCAUCCGGUGACUUAAAAAUUGUAAAAUAUCCGCCGCAAAAUCGUAAACUAAUGCGAUUUCUCAUAAACAAUCGAAAUCAACUUAAAGGAAGCAGAUUGCGCUCAAGAUGUCAGGCGAUAAUUAAAUCCUUGACAUACGACUGUCCAAUUUGUUACGCGCAGUUUAGUGAUCGCGGCGGUCUGGCAAAACACCUGACUUUCUUCGGCCAUACCCAAAGACGAUUGAUCUGUCACACCUGUAGAAAAGUGUUGGAAACCCCCCACCGAUUGCUCUCUCAUAGAAAAUCCGCCCACCGUCAUCUCGAUUGGCCGAAUGCACCCUAUAAAUGCGAGCACUGUCCCCUGACAUAUUCCACGAAAAUGUCCCUGCAAAUGCAUUUAUUCCACUACCAUGACAUUGGAAACACUGAUAAACCGGUGAAAAAGACCUCGAGGCAGACAUUAGCUAGCGAUAUUGCCACUUCUUCGAUCAGGAAGGACCGCAAGCUCCGGAGAGAUCAAUUGGCGGGGCAGUGCAGUGAGAGUAUCGCGGAACUUGAAAGAACGCACCGGGAAACUCGUCCAGGGCCAACGUUCGCGAAAUCCCCUCAGGUCCCCGGUGGGAAUUCCUCACCGAGUAUCUCUAGCGCGAACGCCCCUCAUGCUCCUUUCGUUCAGAUUCAUGGGGUACCGCAGGAGGUGGAGGCACUCCUGAGCGAUUACAAGGGCAGUCCUAUGAGGGCGCGAAUAAUUGACGAGCCUUCAAAGCUACCGGAAACGGUGGAGCCCGGGAGCUUGAGGUGGGGUAGAGCUCGGGGGAGAUUUGACGCGGAAGAGAGAACAUCUCAGGAAUCGCAUACAAAGACUGAAACUAAAAUCAAAACGCCGUCGAAGAGAGCCUCGUUGUCUCAGAAAAGAAGGACGAAUCACACUCCGAUGACUCUAGCUACUCGAAAGGUGACACUCCUGAAGGCGCGUUACAAUUGUCGCGAGUGUUACGUCCCUUUGAUAAGGAUUACAAGACCUGAGCCUGAUACUUCUCCUGAAUCGCCGUCUACGAUUGAAGGUACAUCGAUUGAUCUGCAACUUAAGAACCUUGAGAUUGCUCUGAAGAAAUUAGAGGUGCCGCAUUCCCCCCCUUCGGUUGACUCUCUCGGAGCAGCGGCGGGUGCGAUGAAAUCAAAAAGGGAAAUAUACAGAUCGAGCGUUUGUCGCACGAGAUUUACAACCAAGUUUAAACUAAUAAACCACUACUUGUGCUUUCACACUAACUCGAAUGAGGAUGAGUGCGGGGUUUGCAGAAUACGCUGUGGUAAUUCUCGAAAAUUAAAGACUCAUCUGUUGCUUCACUGUGUAAAGAUCAUUCAAUCGAAGCAGGAUCGAUCGCCGAUUGAUCCGAAGGGGCCGUGCGAGAAAUACCGGAAGAAGCAUUUGUGCUACGGCUGCAAAAAGCGAUUCUGGCUCGGAUCUUGUUUGAUUAAACAUCAAGAAUUAUGUAGAUUAGCUCGGUUGCAUAUUGUGAAGGUAGCUGAAAGGGAAGACGAUGAGAUCGUCAGGAGAACAUCUCCGAGGAAGUUGGAAGGUAAAACAAGUGAUAUGGCCAUUGCCACGACUGACUCUCAAGAAAAAAAGACUUGUCAUGAGUGCAAGACUGAUUCCCUGGCCGCGGAAGGCGGGAGAGCUGCGACAGAGAACGCAAGGUGCGCUUUACCCUUGGUGAAAAGGUCUGAGCAGCCAUCAAUGCCAUCAGGGAAUUGUUGGUGGAAAAACAGAGUACCUUCGACCUCACUCGGUCACUCCUGUUCCGUCUGUAAUAAUCAAUUUCAAAUGGCUGCCAACUUAGCCCAGCACAAGAAGAAAUUCACAAUAAAGCAAUUGAGUCGCUGUGAAACCUGUGGUACAUUGUUUCCAUCCAGAAGCCUCCUUUGGGGUCACCAGAAGACAGCACACUUCUCCGGUGCCCCAACAUCGAAAAUCAAGUGUCCCGUGUGUGAUCAGAGAUUCACGAAGAAGAGUUAUCUUCGUGCCCAUCUUCUGCACAUCCAUUACGAUGAGAUAACCGAAGGUGUAGAGGAGUGGACGCAGCCUUCUGUCGUCUACGAAAUGAAGUGUAAAGUUUGCAAACUUGUAUUUAAAAAUCGACGGAGAUUUGUUGAGCACAGCUUGUACUACCUGGACGACGAUACAUACUCUUGCGACAUUUGUAACGACCGAUUCACCGGCAGAUUUCGUUGUCACUUUCAUUUGAAGAUGGAGCACUACUCCAAGGAGAUGCAACAAGCCUACACUCAUCACUGUCCACUCUGCAACGAGGGCUUCAUAUACCAGACACAUUUACACGCGCACAUGUUUCACGUUCACGAUGUAGCUAAUGAUGCUGCAGUCAACGGUGGCCAUCUGGUUAAUACUGAUGAUCCCUUUGUCUGUGCCACUUGUGAGCAAAGAUUCGCAAGUAUCACACAGCUGGAUCAGCACCAGAAUUUCUACUCUAACGAUGGGGCUUAUCAGUGUGACAAGUGCGAGAGAAAAUGUCGAUCAAUUUCAAUUCUUGGAUAUCAUAGCAGAAUAUCCCAUUCAACCCUUCCGGACAAUAUCUACGCCAAAUGUCCGAUCUCCAGUGAGGAAAUAUCAUCGAAAACUUCUUGGAUCUCUCAUAUUAAACAUUUCCACGCAAAUCUUACGGAUCAACCCUCAGAAUUUUGUCUGGAGAAUGUUUGUACACUCAAUGAACUACUCCGUGAGUCGGAGAAGAGCCUCAGAAUCGAUGAAUUGUCACCCACUGCAGCAGUUACGCCUGAAGAAAAUAUAGCCGAGCUGGGCAAUGGCGAUUUGGCUAUCCGCGAGCUUCACGGUACGAAUAUUGAGUUCAAUUGCGCCAUUUGUGAUGAGCGAUUCACGUCGAGCGUGGAACUAAAGAGCCACAAGUUCACCCACGAAACCGCUAAUUAUGGAUAUGAUGACAGCCUAAAUGACAGCCAUACGCAGUUGAAUCUAUCGCCACAGGGUCCUGACUUCACCACCGAGACUCGACAGCCAGCAAAAAUCCCCAACACCGAUUUCAGCCAAUCACUUGAGGUGACUCAGCUGCCCCGCAUCUCUCCGCAGAACUCCACUGAUGUUCUUCAGAGUUAUUCCACGGAUAAGGAUCCUUGCAAUUUCUCAAUUACCAAUAUUUAUUCAGUCGGCCUAGAUGAGUACGAGAGCUUGGCAAAUGAUCCGCUGCAGAGUACAACAGCGAAGAACAACCAGGUAAACGGAACAGUGGAUAGGAGUCUGGAGUGCAAGAUAUGUCAUUUCAUCUUCAGCUGUACCAAAGCCCUUCGGAAGCAUGUGAUUAAUUACUCCAACACUGGUGACUACGUCUGCGAAGUUUGCGGACGGCGAUUCAAAUGGUUAAAGUUUUUUCGUUCGCACAUUGGGAAACAUUAUAAAACGAAAAACGGAGUUAAUCCGAUGUAUUACUGCGAGCAGUGCGACGAGGGAUUUGGCUCGAUGAAUUCCAAGCACAUACACGUCGCGCAUAUCCAUAAUACUCAUCGUAUGACGAUGUUGGCUGACGAUGAUGUGACAGUUGUUGAGGACGGGACUCCGGUGGAACUCCAAGAAAAUGUCGCGGCUAUCACGCAGGGAGAAGGGAAGAAGCAGACGAUCGAAGUGGAUCUGACAGAGGACGAGGGGGAAGAAGCGGUGAAUCUGCUGCCAAUUGUCAAGAAUCCUGUGGCACCGUUGAGUGCAGCAGUCAAACCAACAGUUGCACAAGCUAGGGUUCCCCCGACAACUCAUCAUCCAGCGCAAGUUGCUCCUAACGUUUGUCCCAUUGUCUGCAAUAUCUGCCACGUCGAGUUUCUUGAUGCUGAUUUUCUUGUGAAACAUUUCGCAACAGCUCACGCAAUUCAUUUGCCUCCUUACAAAUCAAAUACGCAGUGCGAUCAGACGGUUUCGAUGAAUUAUCAAAAUGCCGAGAGCUUGAAAAAUCAUUCGAGUUAUUCGGUCAAUGGAGAAAUUGAGACUGAUGCAUCUGGCAAGUAUUGUUACUGCAAAAGUUGUAGUAUUCAAUUUGCUAAUGAAUAUGCAUUGCUCACUCAUCUACGCAAUGUACAUGAUAACAAUGAAACAGUUACUGAAAAACUGGGAAAUUACAAAUCACCGGGAAUAAAUUCAAAAGUUCAGGGACAAUCGCUGGCAGUUGUCUCUAUGGAGACUUCCUUCGUAAAUUCUGAUAAAUAUAUUUCGAAUCCUGAUUCAACGACUCUGGAAAAUGCGAUAAGUCUGACGAAAAACCGAAGUGGUAAUGUUGUGUCGUCGAAAAAUAAAUUGGAAAGUGGGUCUGACAGGCCUUAUCGCAUUCGCGGUAGUAAAAAUUCUCAUAAUCUUCACGUCAUCGGUCUUCAGAACAAAGAUCUGGUUGAUUUGACACGACAGAGAUUGCAGAUGCGUACAAGUUUUGAGAGAAGUGAUAUUCCAUGAGUACUUCGCUCAAUUUUUCAUUUUAUUCCAUUUGUUUUUCGCUUGCUUUGGUAUUAACGUGUUCGUAGUUUCUUUUGAAUCUCAUUCUCAUUCUUAUUUAAUACAGUAUCCAGUUAUUAGGACAUUUUUGUUUCCACUCAGCCGUGGAUAUGCGAGAGGCACAUUGAAAAAUGAGUAUUUUUUACAUAGGACUCAGAUAAUUGCCACUGAUGUAAUUAAUAAGUACACUCUUCCGUAGGGUUAAGUCGACAUUUAUACGAAUUAUGUAUCGGUUACACUUCUAUUUCCAUUCUGAAUAAUUUUGUUUUGUCUAUUGAUAUUCUUAUUAUGAUGCUUUUUUGAUUAUUCAUGGAUCCAAAAAUUGUUGAUGAUCAUAAUAAAUAACGAUUGCCAGUAUGAAAUUGGUCAUUAAUAAUUUAUUUUGUGUCACAUAUUUUGAGCUGUACAGGUACAACGAAAAUAAAAAUAUAGUUCUGUCAGGAGUA